UUCUCAGCUCCGUCCUCUCGCGGCAACUGCACGAACGCGCCAAAAUAGGAAAACAGCAGGCGAGUCUGUGACAGGCGCAGACAAAUCCAGCAGACAAAACUUUCUAUUAAAGCGGCGUGUCUUCAAAUGCGGCUUCACGCACACGUUUAGCUGUUUUAUUUUAGUGUUUUGUACCCGGAACAUCGCGAUAGAAGAUGGUUCUGCAGAACAGUGGACGCUACAAAGCGGACCGAGGACCCAGUGGGGAUCCGGAAAACCAGGAUGAUGGAUCCUCCUUAUCGGCCCUCAAGCGGCUGGAGCGCAGUCAGUUCACCGACGAGAUGGACGCUCGCUUCGGAUUCGACAGGAUGAAGGAGCCGGGAGAGAAAACGGGCUGGCUGAUCAACAUGCACCCCGCAGAGAUCCUGGAUGAAGACAAGAGGAUGAUCAGCGCGGUGGACUAUUAUUUUAUACAGGAGGAUGGAAGCAGGUUCAAGGUGUCUCUGCCCUUCAAGCCAUACUUUUACAUUGCGACGAAAAAAAACUGCGAGAGAGAAGUCAUCUCAUAUUUAUCUAAGAAGUUCCAAGGAAAGGUGGCAAAGCUCGAAAUUCUCCCAAAAGAGGACCUGGACCUGCCAAACCACCUUGUCGGACUGAAGAGAAACUACAUCAAGCUGGCGUUCAACACCGUGGACGACCUCGUGAAGGUCAAGCGUGAGAUUGCCCCGGCGGUACGUAAAAACAGAGAGAGGGAGCAGUCCAACGAUGCCUACACCUCAAUGUUGUCAAGUGCGCUAUCAGGUGGCAACGUGACCUCAGUGGAUGAAGACGGGAUGUCAAAGAGUAUUUCAGAUCAGUUAGACAACAUAGUGGACAUGAGAGAGUAUGACGUGCCUUACCAUGUGCGUGUGUCCAUUGACCUGAAGAUCCACGUGGCUCACUGGUACAAUGUUCGAUACAGAGGCAGCGCUUACCCGCCAGAGAUUGUACGGAGAGACGAUCUUGUGGAGCGACCGGACCCUGUCGUUUUGGCGUUUGACAUCGAGACCACCAAGCUUCCGCUGAAAUUCCCAGACGCAGAGACGGAUCAAAUUAUGAUGAUCUCCUACAUGAUAGAUGGACAGGGGUUUCUGAUCACAAACCGAGAGAUCGUCUCUGAGAACAUUGAGGAUUUUGAGUUUACCCCCAAACCUGAGUAUGAAGGGCCGUUCACUGUUUUUAAUGAGGACAAUGAGGCAGCUCUCAUUCAGAGGUGGUUUGAUCACGUUCAAGAAACAAAGCCAAAUAUCUUUGUGACCUACAAUGGAGACUUCUUUGAUUGGCCUUUCAUUGAGGUUCGGGCUGCCCUCCAUGGACUGAGCAUGCACAGGGAGAUCGGUUUCCAGAAAGAUAACCAGGGAGAGUACAAGGCCAGUCAGGCCAUCCACAUGGAUUGUUUAAGGUGGGUAAAGAGAGACAGCUACUUGCCGGUGGGAAGCCACAAUCUGAAGGCAGCAGCGAAGGCCAAACUGGGUUAUGACCCCGUGGAGCUCGACCCAGAAGAAAUGUGCCGCAUGGCAACCGAGGAGCCGCAGACUCUAGCAACCUACUCUGUGUCAGAUGCCGUGGCCACAUAUUACCUGUACAUGAAAUAUGUCCACCCCUUCAUCUUCGCUCUGUGUACCAUCAUCCCCAUGGAGCCCGAUGAGGUGCUGCGUAAAGGUUCGGGGACGCUGUGUGAAGCUUUACUUAUGGUGCAGGCCUUCCACGCCAACAUCAUCUUCCCCAACAAGCAGGAGCAGAUCUUCAACAAACUGACAGACGACGGCCACGUCCUGGACUCCGAGACUUACGUGGGCGGUCACGUGGAGGCGCUGGAGUCUGGAGUGUUUCGGAGUGACAUCCCGUGCCGUUUCAAAAUGAACCCGGCUGCAUUUGACUUCCUGCUGCAAAGAGUUGAGAGAACGAUGCGUCAUGCCAUCGAGGAAGAGGAGAAAAUCCCUCUGGAGCAAGUCACUAACUUUACCGAGGUUUGUGACGAAAUUAAGAAAAAGCUGACGUCCCUCAAGGAGGUUCCAAACAGGAUUGAAUGUCCCCUCAUCUACCAUCUGGACGUUGGGGCGAUGUACCCCAAUAUUAUUCUCACCAACCGCCUUCAGCCAUCUGCUAUGGUUGAUGAGGCCACGUGCGCUGCCUGUGACUUCAACAAGCCUGGUGCCACGUGUCAGAGGAGGAUGACCUGGCAAUGGAGAGGCGAAAUCAUGCCCGCCAGCCGCAGUGAGUUUCACCGCAUCCAGCAGCAACUUGAGUCUGAGAAGUUCCCGCCACUGUUCCCCAACGGUCCACCUCGGGCUUUCCACACGCUCAACAGGGAGGAGCAGGCCAAGCAUGAGAAGAAACGUCUUGCAGACUAUUGUAAGAAGGCCUAUAAAAAGACACACGUCACCAAGCUGGAGGAGCGAGUUACCACCAUCUGUCAGAGGGAGAACUCCUUCUAUGUGGAUACUGUAAGAGCUUUCAGAGAUCGCCGUUAUGAAUUCAAAGGACUUCACAAGGUGUGGAAGAAGAAACUUUCAUCAGCUCAGGACAGUGGAGACGCCGCUGAGGUGAAGCGCUGCAAAAACAUGGAGAUCCUGUACGAAUCCCUUCAGCUCGCUCACAAGUGCAUCCUCAACUCUUUCUACGGCUACGUCAUGAGGAAGGGGGCCCGAUGGUACUCUAUGGAGAUGGCCGGCAUUGUGUGUUUCACUGGAGCCAAUAUUAUUACUCAGGCCAGAGAGCUCAUUGAGCAAAUAGGGAGGCCUCUUGAGUUGGACACUGAUGGUAUCUGGUGUGUCCUCCCCAAUACCUUCCCGGAGAACUUUGUGGUGAAGACCAGUAAUGAGAAGAAGACCAAGGUGACUAUCUCCUACCCGGGUGCCAUGUUGAACAUCAUGGUAAAAGAGGGAUUUACCAACGAUCAGUACCACGAGCUGGUCGACCCCGCGUCCGUCACUUACAACAUCAGGGCAGAGAACAGCAUCUUCUUUGAGGUGGACGGACCGUAUCUGGCAAUGAUCCUGCCAGCCUCCAAAGAGGAGGGCAAGAAGCUGAAAAAGAGGUACGCUGUGUUUAAUGAGGAUGGUUCUUUAGCCGAGCUGAAAGGUUUUGAAGUGAAGAGAAGAGGAGAGCUCCAGCUCAUCAAGAUUUUUCAGUCGUCUGUGUUCGAGGCUUUCCUCAAAGGAACUACUCUAGAGGAGGUCUACGCUUCAGUGGCCAAAGUGGCCGACUACUGGCUGGAUGUACUUUACAGCAAGGCUGCCAACAUGCCAGACGCAGAGCUUUUUGACCUGAUUUCAGAGAAUCGGUCAAUGUCUAGAAAGCUCGAAGAUUACGGUGAGCAGAAGUCCACGUCCAUCAGCACAGCUAAGAGGCUGGCAGAGUUCCUGGGGGAUCAAAUGGUGAAAGAUGCCGGUCUGAGCUGUCGCUAUGUCAUCUCCCGAAAACCUGAGGGUUCCCCCGUCACAGAAAGGGCCAUUCCUCUAGCCAUCUUUCAGGCCGAGCCGAGCGUCAAGAAACAUUUCCUUCGCAAGUGGUUGAAGAUGCCCAGCUUGCAUGACAUGGACAUCCGCUCUAUCCUUGAUUGGAGCUAUUACAUAGAGAGGUUGGGUAGUGCAAUCCAGAAAAUCAUCACCAUUCCUGCUGCUCUGCAACAGGUGAAGAAUCCUGUUCCCAGAGUGAGGCAUCCUGACUGGCUACACAAGAAACUCCUGGAGAAAAAUGACAUAUACAAGCAGAAGAAAAUUAGUGAGCUGUUUACCAGCGAGGGCAAGAGACAGAUUGCCCAUCAGCCUCUUGAGGCAGGCCCUGCUGCUGACAUAGAGGAUUUUGGGAUGCCACCCAAACCCCUGCAGCCAGCUAUCCUUAUCAGCACUAAGCGGAAGCGGGCGUCACACGGAGACGACAGCCAGGUGGAGUCUCAGGAUUUAGAGCUUACGCAGUCCUGGCGAGAGAUCCUGGGACCGCCCCCUCCCACGGGAAAAACACGGGAGGAACGUCAAGUUUGGCUGCGCUACCAUAAGAAAAAGUGGGAGCUACAGCUGAAGCAGAGAAAGGAGAGGAAAAAGAGGAGGAGGCUGCUGGAUGGGGAGGCUCAACCAGUGGGCGGUGGAGUGAUCAGAGGUGGUCCCAUUACAGGCCUGGGGAGCUUCCUCCGCAGAACAGCUCGCAGCAUCCUCGAUAUGCCGUGGCAAAUUGUCCAGAUUGCAGAAACUAGUCACCCUGGUCUGUAUAAGCUUUGGGCUGUGAUUGGAAAUGACCUCCACUGCAUGAAACUCAACAUCCCGCGUGUCUUCUACGUCAAUCAAAAAGUCCCAAAACAGGAGGAGGGAGCGACGUACAAAAAGGUGAACCGCAUGCUGCCUCGCUCCAACAUGGUUUACUACCUCUAUGAGUACUCUGUGCCAGAGGACAUGUACCAAGAGCACAUCAAUGAGAUCAACGCAGACCUCUCUGCACCUGACAUCGAAGGAGUCUAUGAAACACAGGUUCCUUUGCUGUUUCGAGCUUUGGUGCAGCUAGGAUGCGUGUGCAUGGUCAACAAACAUGUUGUGAGAGAUAUGGCCGGAAGGGAGGCCGACACGUUUGAUCUGGAACAUCUGGAGAUGAGGUCGCUGGCCCAGUUUAGCUACCUGGAACCUGGGAGUGUUCGCCACAUGUAUUUGUAUCAUCACAGCCAAGGCCACAAGGCUCUGUUUGGCCUCUUCAUCCCCUCUCAGCGCAAAGCUAGCAUCUUCGUCCUGGACACGGUUCGAAGCAACCAGAUGCCCAACUUGAGUAACCUCUACACAGCUGAACGCACGGCCCUCCUGGAGAAAACGACGGAGGAGCUUCUGCCUCCGGAGAAACACAACUUUGAGGUGCGGGCUGAAAAUGACAUGAAGGCGAUCUCACGUGCACUCCAACGAAUACUCCUAAACUACAAGGAGGAGCGCCGUGGGCCCACCCUCAUCGCAGUGCAGUCAAACUGGGAGUUGCGUCGAUUGACGGCCGGGAUGCCGGUGCUCGAGGAGUUCCCGGUCGUUCCAGUUCAUGUGGUUGAUGAGAUCAGCUAUAAUGUGUUGGACUGGCAACGGCUCGGUGCCCGGCGCAUGAUCCGCCACUACCUCAACCUGGACAGCUGUCUGUCACAGGCUUUUGACAUGGCCAGAUAUUACCACUUACCUGUGGGGAACUUGCCACAGGAUGUGUCCAUCUUUGGCUCAGACUUGUUUUUGGCAAGACAUCUACGGAAGCACAACCACCUGCUAUGGCUUUCACCCACAUCCAGGCCUGACCUGGGAGGAAAAGAGGCUGAUGACAGCCGUCUGGUGAUGGAAAAUGAUGACAGAGGCUCUGUGGAGAUCAAUGCUCAGGGAUGUUAUUCAACAGCAUGUGUGGAGUUGGACCUGCAGAGCCUGGCGGUGAACACCAUCCUCCAGUCUCAGCAUGUCAACGACAUGGAGGGCGGAGCCAGCCUGGGCGUCAGUUUUGAUGUGAUCCAGCAGGCAUCUUUGGAGGACAUGAUGUCAGGAAACCAGGGAGCAAGCGCUCUGGCUAGCUACGAUGAGACAGCUCUCUGCUCCAACACCUUCAGGAUCUUAAAGAGCAUGGUGGUGGGAUGGGUCAGGGAGAUCACACAGUACCACAAUGUGUAUGCAGACAACCAGGUGAUGCAUUUCUACCGCUGGCUGCGCUCCCCCAGCUCGCUGCUGUAUGACCCCGCCCUGCACCGCACCCUGCAUAACAUGAUGAAGAAAGUGUUUCUGCAGUUGGUUGCAGAGUUCAAACGUCUCGGCUCGACUGUGGUGUACGGAAACUUUAACAGGAUCAUUCUGUGUACUAAAAAACGCAGGAUUGAUGAUGCCAUUGGCUAUGUUGAGUAUAUCACCAACAGCAUCCAUUCCAAAGAAAUUUUCCACUCUUUGUCCAUCUCCUUCUCGCGGUGCUGGGAGUUCCUGCUGUGGAUGGACCCUGCCAACUAUGGUGGCGUGAAGGGCAAACUGCCCUCCAGCGUCAUGUAUGGAGAGGAAGGAGCCCAACAGAAGAAAACCAGACAAGAGGAGGGGGAUGAGGAUGGCAGUGAGGAUGAAGAUGAAGAAAAUGCUGAGGAGGAGGACGGAGAUGGAGAAACGGAUGAAGUAGAGGAUUUGAUUGAGAGUAACUGGAAUAUCAUGCAGUAUCUUCCUCAAACCGCCUCCUGUCAGAAGUACUUCCUCAUGAUCGUCUCAGCGUACAUUGCAGCGGUCUAUCACAGUAUGAAAGAGGAGCUGAGACGUAACGGCCCAGGAGCAACGCCAGUAAAGAGACGUGGCAACAGCCAGGCUUCCCAGCAGGCAAUUGGGGAUCUGAGUGCACUUCCUGGAAUGAUCUCCUUCUCCCAGGAGUACGUGUCCAGCGAGCUGACACAGAACAUUUUCACCAUCACUCAGAAAAUCCAGAAGAAGGUCACUGGUACCAGGAAUGUUACCCACACCUCAGAGAUGUUCCCCAUCCUGCCUGGGUCACACCUUCCACUCAACAACCCAGCACUGGAGUUUAUCAAAUAUGUCUGCCAGGUUCUUUCACUAGACGCCAACAUUGUAAAUCAGGUGAACAAGCUGAAGAGAGACCUCCUACGUCUUGUGGAUGUUGGAGAGUUUUCAGAGGAAGCCCAGUUCCGUGACCCGUGUAACUCCUACAUCCUGCCAGAGGUUAUCUGUCACCACUGCAAUUUCUGUCGGGACCUUGACCUCUGCAAGGACCCGUCAGUGGCACAGGAUGGUUCAGUUUUGCCUCAGUGGUUCUGCUCCAACUGUCAGGCGCAGUAUGACACCGAGUCUAUUGAGAUGGCUCUGGUAGAAGCUCUGCAGAAGAAACUGAUGAGCUAUACGCUGCAGGAUCUGGUGUGUAGCAAAUGUAAGGGAGUGAAGGAAACCAACAUGACCCUCUACUGCAAAUGUGCUGGAGACUUUGACCUCACCUUCCCAGCCAAGAGCUUCUCUGAGCAGAUCAUGGUGUUUAGGAACAUAGCAUCCCACUACAACAUGAGCUUCCUGGAGGAGACCAUAGGCUGGCUGCUCGUUAUGAGCCCUCAGAUCAACCAGGGUGUUCACUGAAUAUGAGCUUCACUGACACUUCCUUCACUCCAUUCAAAUCAGGAAACAGAGUGCUGAAAUUCAUUUUUGAGUUUUAGCAAACUUCAGCAGCAUCGGUCUCUGCUUCUUGCUGUGUGAUUGUGUAACCAAGAUGAUUCCCCUGUAAAUAUGUUUAGAUUGUAGUAGUUAUGCAUGUGUAUGAAGAUUUUCACUGGUAAUAAAUGUGUUUUUCAUGUGUCUUGGUCUGCUUGUGAUUGCUGCAGUUCUGUAUUUUUCCUAAAUUACAUCUACUCUGUCGUUACGCUGUCUCAGUUUUCUCCUCCCUCCCUCAGCUGCUAAUGUGUCUGCUGUAAAUUGCGCACAGCUUCAAUUACAUGACCUGCAUCCACUCUAAUUUCUUCUGCUGUGAAAAGUGACUAAUGUUGCCUCAUUGCAUGUUGCGUAAUCUUUCAUUGUUUCUUUGGUUUGGCGACAGUGAAGAAGACUUUGACAAAUCUAACUUCCUUUUUUUAUUGAGCAAAUUUGAACCUUGCAGACUGAAAAAGAUGAAUUUCUGGCUGGUUGGAAAUUGUUUUUUUUUUUUGUCGUUAUCCCAUAUGGGAAAUAUGUAUCUGGUAGUGAACGUUAUGUAUGUCUGCUUUAGAAUUGCCUUAAUCCACACAUCCCCUUCACUUUAAGUUCACUGUUUCACAGAUGACUCACGUUACUUCCUGGUGGGCGUCUCCCAGACAAGUAAUCACAUUUCAGACUUAACUGCUGUACAAUCAGAUUCACUUCUUUGAG